AGCUAAGUCGCUUACGUUUUUCCUUACAUUCCAUUUGUUUACCGUAACAUCCUAUCUGAUAAGAUAUUCCUACGAGGUUUCUUGAAUGAAUGUUUUUUUUUUCUCUCCCAUUUUCUCAGCAAUCAAACAUCGGAUUUGAUUAAUCAAAAUAGCAGUGAAUCAGUGAAGAGAUCACAUAUUUUUCCCGAUCUAACUGUUUCAGUUUGAAACAUCGAGUUUGGAUCGGAUGUGGUAGAAGCUGAAGUAAUUCUUGGCGGCCGAAGUAGCACAGAAGAUGCUAUCAGUGAAGGCUUUGGAUAAAUUUUUACGGUUGAGAAGUUUCUUUUCUUGUACUUCUAUUCCAAUAAUGUCAAAUUUGGAGGAGCCAGCUGUUUUUGGCAAGCUUUCAAGAUUUGGUGGUGAUAAAGUUAAAAUGUUUUCCUCUAAUCCUUGCAUGAUCAGAGAAAAUGGUACAGGAAUCGGAGAUUGCUGGCUUGAAGGGUCGAGCCUUCACUCUCCAAAAAGUAGCAAAUUAAAACACCAGGAUGUUCAUUACCACUGCCUGAUGUGCUAUGACAGUGCUUGACAGCUCAUGAAUCAUUUAUGAGUAUACAGAAGAAGUAUGCCCUUGGAGAAGACAAAUGAGGAAUGUGUCACGGGGGGAUUUCUUAAAUCGUACACCUGCAAACAUGAGUAGAAAUCAUAGAGUAUUUCGAAGUCUUCCUGAUGCUUGUUAUUUGCCAGAUCGUCCUUAUAGCUCCCAUUGCAAUGAUGAAUGCACAAGGGAUAAUAAGUUGCUAAGAAGUAUGCCAGGAUUUGUGAAGAUUGUGGAAGUUGGUCCCAGAGAUGGAUUGCAAAAUGAGAAGGACAUUGUGCCUACUGUUGUAAAGGUUGAGCUGAUUAAGAUGCUAGUUUCUUCAGGAUUGCCUAUUGUAGAGGCUACAAGUUUUGUCUCACCAAAAUGGGUGCCACAGCUAGCAGAUGCAAAGGAUGUAAUGGAAGCCAUUCGAACUGUUGAAGGUGGUACAUUUCCUGUGUUGACACCUAAUCUUAAAGGCUUUGAAGCAGCUGUUGCAGCUGGAGCUAAGGAAGUGGCCAUCUUUGCCUCUGCUUCUGAGUCAUUUUCAAAGUCAAACAUCAAUUGUAGCAUUGAAGAUAGUCUCACUCGUUACCGCGAUGUUGCUCUUGCUGCUAGAAAGCUCUCAAUCCCUGUUCGUGGAUACAUAUCGUGUGUUGUGGGUUGUCCACUGGAAGGAGUAGUAUCUCCGUCAAAAGUAACAUAUGUGGCUAAAGAACUUUAUGAUAUGGGUUGCUAUGAAAUUUCCCUUGGCGAUACUAUUGGUGUUGGUACUCCUGGUACUGUCAUUCCAAUGCUUGAAGAUGUUAUUGAUGUUGUUCCUAUUGAAAAGCUUGCCGUCCAUUUUCACGAUACUUAUGGGCAGGCUCUUUCAAAUAUUCUAGCAUCACUCCAAAUGGGGAUCACCACAGUGGAUUCAUCAGUAUCUGGUCUUGGGGGCUGCCCAUAUGCUAAAGGUGCUUCUGGGAAUGUUGCGACUGAGGAUGUUGUUUACAUGCUAAAUGGACUCGGGGUGAAGACAAAUGUGGAUCUUGGGAAGCUCAUGUUAGCUGGGGAUUUCAUCUGUCAGCAUUUGGGACGACAAUCUGGUUCAAAGACAGCAAUUGCCUUGAGUAGAAUCAGAAGUCAUGCCUCCAAGCUAUGAGGUACAGGAGGGUAGAUCAUCUUAUAUCCCACCCAUUGGAAAUUUGAGCAUUGAUCAUCUGAAAUUUUUAAAUCACACCUUGAAGAGAAUGACUGUGCACAAGCCACAAGUUCUGGUGUUAUCUUAGUUUUACUAUUGCAUUGUGUGUUUCCUGUUGCGUUCCAUGCGUUUGUGCCAGGAACAAUACCAUCAGAGUCCAUUUUUGGCUGAACCAAAGUGAUGCUCCCGAAUUGUAAUGCUGUCACAUUGAAAUAUUUAUAUGCAAAUGCCUGCUUUUAAGGCUAACAUGAAUAGCACUGGAUUAAUUUUAUUUUAUCUUAUUUUUCUUGAGGGUGGGUUUGCGUGCUCUGAGAAAUGUAUUGUCUUAGCAAAUCCAAAGUAAAACCCCCCUAGUUAUCCUUU